AAGGAAGGAAAGAAGAAGAGGAGGCCUGCGUUCCAAGUGAGCUUCUCUCUCUUUUUUCCACGAGAAGCAGAAGAACGAGAGAAAGAAGGAAGGAAGGAAGGAAAGGAGGAGCGAGGAAGGGCCCCCGAUGGAGGAGAGCACGGUCCGCCGGCGGUGGGGCCCCCAGCACCAUCACCAGCCGCAGCCUCUCAAUGGGGCCCCGUGGGCCCCGGUCCCCUUCACCGGGGUCCCCAACGAGGAGGAGGAGGAGGAGGAGGAGGCCCCGCUCCACCCCCACCUGCUCCUGCUCCCCAAGUCGGAGGUGGCCCUUCCGUGCUACAAGCGGGGCUCGGGGGCCUCGUUCAGCGGGACGGACUCGGGGCCCAGCCCGCGCUCCAGCUUCUCCUCCGACGGCAAGAACAGCAACCGCACCUCCGGCAUCAGCUUGGGCUUCGACCAGCGCUGCUCCUCGGCUUCCUCCUCCUCCGGGGCCCCCGAAACCGGGCCGGGGGCCCCUCCGCUGUCCUCGUCGUCUUCUUCGGGGCCGGCUUUCUCGGGGCCCAGCCCAAGGUCCAGCAUCUCCAGCGGGCGCAGCUCCCGCGGCUCCGAGGCCGAGGCCAACCCCGAGGAGCCCCCCAAAGCCGCGGGGGGGCCCUUCUCGUCUCCGGGGGCCCCUUCAUCCUCCUCCUCCUCGUCCCGAGUGCGGCUGCCUCUCCUGCAACCCCCGGGGCCCCGUCCCGAGAGCCAGGCCGAGAAGCGCCUGGAGGCCCUGGCCCUGGAGCUGGAGCAGGAGCUGGAGCGGCGAGCCCGGAAGGAGGCCUUCGGUAUUUGCAUCAAGUGCGGGAAAGGGGUCUAUGGGGCCAGCCAGGCCUGCCAAGCCAUGGGGAACCUCUACCACACCAAUUGCUUCACCUGCAGCUCCUGCGGGCGAAGACUGCGGGGAAAGGCCUUCUACAACGUCAAUGGAAAAGUCUACUGCGAAGAAGACUUCCUUUAUUCAGGUUUCCAGCAAACAGCAGACAAGUGCUUCAUUUGUGGGCACCUCAUCAUGGAAAUGAUCCUGCAGGCGCUGGGCAAGUCCUACCACCCGGGCUGCUUCCGGUGCAUCGUCUGCAGCGAAUGCCUGGACGGCGUCCCCUUCACCGUCGACCCCGAAAACAACAUCUACUGCGUCAAGGACUACCACGCGGUUUUUGCCCCAAAAUGCGCUUCGUGCAACCAGCCCAUUUUACCUGCGCAGGGCUCGGAGGAGACUCUCCGCGUGGUGUCCAUGGACCGCAACUACCACGUCGAGUGCUACCACUGCCAGGACUGCGGCCUGCAGCUUAACGGCGAGGAGGGCCGGCGCUGCUUCCCGCUGGAGGGGCGGCUGCUGUGCCACGGAUGCCACUUGCGCCGCCUGAGCCUCGGCCCCGGCCUCACGCACCACCCUCCGCACCAUCACCCUCCGGCUCCUCCGCCUCCCGGGUUCCGCACCCACAGCACCCAACUCUAGAGCCUCCUUCCUUCCAUCCAGAUCUAGAACCCGGACAAACCUGUUGCAAGCCUCAAAGUUGUGCAAACUUUGUUGUUUUGGACUCCAACUCCCAGCAUUCCUAACAGCCUCAGGCCCCUUCCUUUUCCCCCGCAGCCGCUUAAGCGGCUGCGGGGGAAAAGGAAAGGGCCUGAGGCUGUUAGGAAUGCUGGGAGUUGGAGUCCAAAGCACCAGUUUGCUUAGGCCUUCAAGUUUAAGCCUCCAGAAGCAUUCUCUCCUGACGUUUCGCCCACAUCUAUGGCAGGCAUCGUCUGUUGGAAACUAGGCAAGUGGGAUUUAUAUACCUGUGGAAUAAUGUCUGAGGCCAGUGUGAAUGUAGCAUUGAAUGGCCUUGCAGUUACAAAGCCUGGCUGCUUCUUGUCUGGGGGGAAUCCUUUGUUGGGAGGUGUUAGCUGGCCCUGGUUGUUUCUUGCCUGGAAUUCCCAUCUUGACACGCAGACAAGAGUUAUUUCUCCCACCCUGGACAUUAUUCCAUAUAUAUAUACAUACACACACAUACACAUAUAUAUACAAAUACAUACACACACAUAUACAUACAUAUACAUUAUAUAUAUAUAUAUAUAUAUAUAUACACACACACACACAUAUA